AUGAAUCAGAGUCAGUCUGCGGUGUCUUAUGUUAAAGAAGAAGGGGUGCGUGAGGAUAGAAUAACUACUGACGAAGCACAAGAGAUAAAUGUGGAGUCAGAAGCCCAACAAGGUGCAAGCGAUUCCAAUCAGUUUCAGAAUUAUUACUAUGAAGCGGCUGAUGGGAACUACUACUACUAUCCAGGAGAAGAAGCUCCAAUAAAUGAGGAAGUACAAGAAGUUGGUGAAAUUCCUCUCACACCAGAGAAUCUAAUUCGUUCUUACGAAUUUGAAGAUUGGGAACCUCGAUCAUACAACUGGUUUGCGGACAUUGUUUUAGAUAUUUUUAUGUCCUUUGGAUUUCGCAUUUACUUUGCAUUUUUACUCUACUGCACUGGAGCUCUUCUUGUUUCCAUAUUCCUCAAUUGGACAUUUCAAGUGCUUUUUCGAAUGUACACUUCUACUGGUGAUAAAAACACUUCUAUAGGACUUGUAAUGGGGUUUUUCAGCAUUUUCUUCUUUUUGAGUUUUACCAUAGUAACAGCGUUUUGUACAUGGUCAGACAUGAUAAAAGACCUUUGGCGUGUAAAACGUGAUGAUAUCAAAUUUUGGGGUAUGUCAAGUUAUCGAAAAAACAAACCUCCUUAUUAUGUGUACUUUAUACUCAUUAUUGCUACUGCCAUAUUUCCGUUUAUUUGGGGUAUUAUUGAUGCAGCUUAUAACAAACAAUCACUUAUCUUCUUUGCUCAAUCCUUCGCGUUUAUAUCUGUUAUUGUUACUGCUUGUAUAGUUGCAAUAUGUUAUAUUUGGUUUUACUGGUUAGCGCUAAAACAAAAACGAGUAACUUUUACUGAGCGUCUGAAGCGAGAUGAUUAUUUAUUAUGGGAAAAUGCAUCAAAGCAUAAAGUCACUGGUGAACUAAAGAAACGUUGGUAUCAUGCCUCUACUGUACUAGAGGAAUAUGGAUUAGAUGGCAAAACAUUGCGCUGGAAUUCUGUGGUUUUUACACUGGGAUGUGUACCAUUAUUUGGACUCUAUACAUCUCAGGCACUAAGUACCUUUAUUGGAGAUCCAGAAGUUACAUGGGGAGCUAUAGCAAGUGUUUCGAUUACUUGUGUUUUUGUUGUAUCUUGGAUGUCAAUGUUUCACACAAGGUCUCAUUGGUCUCUGUAUGCCUCAAUUUUUUUAAUUUUUGUUUUACUUGUACUUGGUAUAGUGGGAUGCGCAAUAGCAGCCUCUAAAGAAGCAGUUGCUGUGGUAAUUGUUUUAUUCUUUGCUUCGCAUUGUAUGCUUGCGCGGAAAAGACGUCAUGAACUUACGAUAAGAGAACAAUGUAAACUUUUUAAGAUUUCUCUGGAUCCUGAAAUACGACAUGAUGUACAAAAACGUAAGUAUGAUACCUAUUUGUUGUGUUGUAGAGAUCUUUUUUUAAGUUGUAUAAAAUGUUUUGAUGUCAAAACUUUUUUUGGUUAUCGUCAUCCUGAUGUUGUUCGCGCUGAACGAAAAUAUGAAUUAGAUAAUAUUACUCUUAGAACAGAUCAAAAAGUUCUUUUAUAUUGGUGGUUGAUUGUUAUGUUUGCAUUGGCCUUUGUCAUUGCUUUAGGAAAUGCAAUGGUGUACCGUUUUACAAAUAAUAUUGCUGUUCGUGGUAGUCCUAUUAUUGGAGAGGAUUCAGGACUCUCAUUUUGUCAGAUACGAUAUAACGUGAAUGGUUCUGCUCCUCUUGGAUUAUAUGAUCUCUCUCUUUUGAGUGCUCUUUCGUAUACACUGACAACAAAUGGUGAUGUGGAUUUUGUGACCUGGUUUAAUCAGUUCCCUAACUUUGUACGUCAGUUUCCUCUUCGUUUACCACCUGACUUUGAUUAUGCAACGGAUGGAAUAAAUAUUCAAUUUUCAGACUUUGUGGAUUUGACAAGUGACUACCAUUUUAUUACAUUAAAUGCCAAUAAUAGAGGUUUGUCUCUCAUGCGCAGUAUAGAUGAUUGGGGAACAUCCAUCGCUGUUCAAAUAGCCGGAAUCAUAUCUCCUCUUGUUAGUAUAUGGCCUGAAAAUUAUCGAACUUCUUUUGUUAAAGGUGCUUCGUUUUUUCGAACAUGGUUCCCACACUCUGAUGUACUUCAUAGUGUUUCAGUGUAUAUUGAUAACUUGAUUGCUGUUGGAAAGAAAGAACGUAUUUUACUUGUAGGUGAUGAAUUUAAUGGUGGUUACGUCAAAAUUCUCGCUUCCAAGUAUAAUUUACCUUUUGUAGCAUUUAAUCCUCCAGGAACGAAGUAUAUCUUGUCUGUGCAACUUAAGGGUUUGCAGGUUUCUUUCACUCGUGGUCUUUUGUCAUAUAUUGAUUCACUCGAAGAUACUUUGGAAACUAUAUAUCUGCAGUGUGAUGGUUCCUAUUCAUCUAAUCGUUGUAGUAGGAUUCAAACGACAAUUGAGACCAUUGCAAAAUUAUGUGGUGAUCCUCAAGGUAGAUAUUUAAAGUAG